AUGUCGUUGAGCUCGGACGAGGGUGAGAUCAGGGACGAUGGAAACGGGGACCUGAAGGCAUCUCCCCAGACUUCUCGAGCAGGAAAUGGAGUUGACCGUCAAGGCAGACCGCGCGACCCGUCGCCCGCUCCGUCGCGAGGGAGCGCCAGCUCCUCUCGCCGGAGCCGCUCUCCUCGCGGAUUCAAGAGGCUGCGUGACGACGGAGACCACUAUGGUGGUGGACGAGACUACGAUUCGAGACCUUCGCGUUCUCGACGCGAUGACCGCCGGGGACGAGAUCGCGGCAGGCGACCUUCCGACAGCGUCUACGACGACGCCCCUCGACACGACUACCGCCGAACGCGCGUCUCGUACGAGGACCUAGACCGUCCGGCGCCCCACGGCUCGAGCUUCAACGAGUCUCGUCAAUAUCGCGACGACGCUGAUCAGCACCGCCGCCGAGAUCAGGACCGCGAUCGAAACGGCCAUCGACCUCGCGAUGGCGGCUACGGUCGACAGCACGAUCGCUACGACAACCGUCGCCGAGACGCCUACCGCGAUGAGCAGCCACGACGUCGAAGCCGCUCCCCCGGCAUGCAUCGACGCGAUGCGGGCGACCACGGAAGACGCGAUCGCGAGAACGGCGCAGCCAGACCCUCGCUCCCACUGCGGCCGGAUUCACGCACAUCGGAGGCCCCCAAUUCCGCCGCUGCUGAGACAGCGUCGAACAGAAUGGAGACGACGAAGGAGCCGUCUCCGGAACCAGAUUUCCAGGAACCGGAGCCGAUCGACGAGGACGCCGAGAUUGAGCGGCGCCGGAAGCGGCGCGAGGAGCUCCUGGCCAAGUCCAGCUCGGCCACGCCUCUGCUCCUCCAUGCCGUCGGGGCCGCCGCCGAAAAGGCCGGCAACACGGCAUCGCCCGCUUCCACGCAACCAGAGCCUCGCCAGCAAUCGCUGGAGGCCCGUACCCCCCGGACGCCAGGCUCUGACUGGCCCUCGCCUCGCUCGCCCGCCUCGCGAGACGAGCCUCUGGACGACAAGGGCCUCAUGAACACGCAUGUCAACGCGGAGGCCGCUGAGCCGGAGGGGCCAUCGGCCGCCGACUACGACCCAACCGUUGACAUGCAAGAGGAUGAACGCAGAGGCGAACUUCGGCAUGGGCAGGCCGUCAUGCACGGCGAAGCACAGCCGGUCGAUGCGCCCCAUCCGGAGAGUCCUAAGCAGCGGGACUCUGAUGACGAGGAAGAUGACUUUGACAUGUUCGCCGAGGAUUUUGACGAGGUCAAGUACGCGGCUCAACGGGCCAAGGCGCCAGACACGCGCCAAGUCCAGGGCGGCAUCCUGGAAGGUGAUGACUCGGAGGGCUUCUACAAGAUUCGCGUCGGCGAGAUCCUGGACUCUCGCUACAAGGUUCAGUCGGUGCUAGGUCAAGGCAUGUUUGCUCGAGUUGCCCGCGCCGUCAACCAGGAGACCAAGAAGGUGGUCGCCGUCAAAAUAAUCCGCAACAACGCGGCGCUGCGAAAGGGAGCGCUCACCGAGAUUGCCAUCCUGAAGAAGCUCAACGACGGGGAUCCAUCGAAUAAGAAGUACAUUGUCCGGUUUGAGCAGUCUUUCGACCACCAGGGACACCUCUGCAUGGUUUUUGAGGGGCUGGAGAUGAACCUUCGCGAGGUGCUAAAGAAGUUUGGCAAGAAUGUCGGCAUCAACCUCGAAGGCACACGGCGCUUUGCGCGGCAGAUAUUUGUCGCGCUCGACCAUAUGCGCAAGAGCAGCAUCAUCCAUGCCGACCUAAAGCCUGACAAUAUCUUGAUCCAUGAAACGCGCCAGUUUGUCAAGAUUUGCGACUUGGGAACCGCCAUCGAUAGAGAUGAUGCGGCGACGGCGCACUCGCAGGUCACACCGUACCUGAUCAGCAGAUUCUAUCGAGCACCCGAGGUGAUUCUGGGCAUGGACUAUGACUACGCUAUUGACGUGUGGUCCAUCGGCUGCACGCUGUUCGAGCUGUUUACGGGCAAGAUCCUGUUUCCCGGCGAGAACAACAACCAGAUGCUCAAGCUCAUGAUGGAACUUCGUGGGCGCAUGUAUCCCAAGUACUACAAGCGCGGACAGAUGUGGCCGCACCACUUUGACGACCGCGACAACUUUGUCAGCGUCUCGCGCGACAAGAUUACCAACAGGGAAGUCAUGAAGACCAUGAUUGUCAAGCCAACCCGAAGUCUGGGCUCCCGCCUCGACGAUGCCGCCUCGGGCAUGUCAGCCGCCGAGAAGCAGGAUCUAGACCGGUUCCGAGAUCUGCUGGAAAACUGCCUCGUGCUGCACCCGGAGCGACGCAUCACGGCGGCGGAGGCGCUCCAGCACUCCUUCUUCCACAACAAACGAGUCCCGACGCACCCACGCUAG